CCAGGUCUUGUACCGGUAAGCGAUUGCAGAGAAAAGUCUGAACGCAGAGCACAAGGCAACAGUGGUGGUUUAAGACCUGCCGGCUGCCGCUGUAGUCGGAAGCAUCAAGCUUUUGAAUCUGCCGUGAAAUUCAAAUGUCGUCGGCGUCGCAGUGGCAGUGGGAAACUGCCACCGCCGGCGCCGUCGCCGGGUUCGCCACUGUCGCGGCGAUGCAUCCUCUAGACGUUGUCCGUACGAGAUUUCAAGUCCACGAUGGUCGAGUCUCCAAUCUUCCAAAUUACAAGAACACGGCUCACGCCAUUUUAACCAUUGCUCGAUUGGAGGGCUUGGGAGGACUCUAUGCAGGCUUUUCUCCUGCUGUUCUUGGUUCCACUGUUUCAUGGGGCUUAUAUUUCUUCUUCUAUGGAAGAGCGAAACAAAGGUAUUCUAAAAAUAGGGAUGAGCAGCUGAGCCCUGGUCUUCAUCUCGCUUCUGCAGCAGAAGCUGGAGCUUUGGUUUCUUUGUGCACAAAUCCUAUUUGGCUUGUAAAAACAAGAUUGCAGCUUCAGACUCCUCUUCAUCAAACUCAACCAUAUUCUGGGUUUUAUGAUGCCUUAAGAACUAUAGUGAGAGAGGAAGGGUGGGCUGCGCUUUAUAAAGGUCUUCUUCCCAGUCUUUUUCUGCAGGUAUCUCAUGGUGCUAUUCAAUUCACAGCAUAUGAAGAACUCCGUAAAGUAGUUGUUGACUUCAAGUCUAAAAAAAGCAGAAGGCAUUCUGGAAGUGCUGAUUCAGUGUUGAAUUCAGUUGACUAUGCAGCUUUGGGGGCAUCAUCUAAAGUUGCUGCCAUUCUUCUAUCAUAUCCAUUCCAGGUGAUGCGAUCUCGAUUGCAGCAACGACCUAGCAGUGAAGGAAUUCCAAGAUAUAUGGAUAGCUGGCAUGUGAUAAGGGAAACUGUACGGUUUGAGGGCGUUAGAGGUUUCUACAAGGGAAUCACCCCAAAUCUUCUGAAAAAUGUUCCUGCUGCUUCAAUAACAUUUAUUGUAUACGAAAAUGUACUGAAAUUUCUAAAAUUUGCUAGAACGAAUGAGUAAGGUCUCCUUUUGAUCCUCAAUUUUGAGCACUUGUUCUAGCUACAACAACGACAUUAUUUGAGGUUGGAAAUGUGGUAAUAAGAUGUGUUGAAAGGUA